UUCCCCUUUACUAUGUAGAGCGUUUUGAGUUCCCGUAGAAAAGCGCUAUAUUAAUCCACUCAAUUAUUAUUAUGUUUGUUACAAUUAUCAUAGGACUGGUUGUCCAUUGGACAAAAAAAUGCUACUGAAUGUUGUGUACAUUUGUUGAAUAGCAUCCAAGCUUGCCUCCCAUUCGAUAGAAUUAGAGCAGUUGGUCAUCGAUUUUAGUGAUGUCAGUAGGUACUGCUUUUUUACGGUGGCAAUUAAUGAGAUUGGGCAAUGCAUUUGGCAUUGGACUGGGCAGCAGCGUGUCGAAAAAAACUAGCAAGCUGAGGCUACUCAGGCACACGGGCGACUAAGAAAGGAACUUGAAUACUUAUUUACAUUGGAAAAUGGGAUCAGAUUAAUGAGUCACUCCCAUGGGGCUCUACAGAGGAACGUUGUCCACCACCGCCGGCCCCCAUCUCCCCCACCCACUCAACCUCCUCAGCCUCCCCUCUACAGACAUCAUGAAAUGGGCUGUAUCUGAAUGGCACUUAAUAUGGAUUUGUAUUCAGUACAGCAGCCAGGAGUGAAGAGAACGAAUCUCUUACAAAGCCGCGUUUUGCCACGCAGCCUUAUGAAUUGCUGUCAAAAGUACCUCGAAAGAACUAAAGAAAAACAGGAUUUUUCCUGUUGCUGUUUAGAAAGACGUCCUCUGAUUGAACAUAAAGGGGAAACUACAGUUGCCUCAGAUCGGACAGCACCAUAAACUACAUUAAGGCCUUAGGGGAACAGUGAUACCUUCUAUCUCCAUGCGACCAUGGUCCCCCAGAAGGCUGACUUGGACAUUUUGCCAGGUCAGGAUGUGGUGGAGAUGCCAGUGAAGAAGCGGGACGAGGAGAGUCCUGAUGGGUCUCUGGUUGAGGGUGCAGGGGGGGGGCGUAUCCCCCUGCGCAAGUGGGUCAUGCAUGGAGCUGUCAUGUUCGGACGAGAGUUCUGCUACGCCAUGGAGACAGCCCUGGUCACACCAGUCUUACUGCAAAUAGGUCUUCCAGAGCAGUACUACAGCCUGACAUGGUUCCUGAGCCCCAUCCUGGGCCUGAUCCUCACCCCUCUCAUUGGUUCAGCCAGCGACCGCUGCACCCUGAAAUGGGGCCGCAGGAGACCCUUCAUCCUGGCACUCUGUGUGGGGGUGUUACUGGGAGUCUCUCUCUUCCUCAAUGGGUCCCUCAUAGGAUUAGCCCUCGGGGACGUUCCCAACAGUCAGCCCGUUGGGAUAGUGCUGACGGUGUUGGGUGUGGUGCUACUGGACUUCAGUGCAGACGCCUCAGAGGGGCCUAUCAGAGCCUACCUGUUGGAUGUAGCCGACACAGAGGAGCAGGACAUGGCCCUCAACAUACAUGCCUUCUCUGCAGGGCUGGGAGGAGCGGUCGGCUACAUGCUGGGUGGCCUGGACUGGACCAGCACCAUCCUGGGCACGGCCUUCAAGUCCCAGGAGCAGAUCCUGUUUGUGUUUGCUGCCGUCAUCUUCACCAUAUCUGUGAUUCUACACAUGUUCAGUAUCAAGGAGGAGAGUUUUGAGGCUCGUGAUGACACUCCGGGAGAGGGAGACUCCGACAGCCUGUCCUCUUCAGGAAAACUGAAGGGGGGCUUGGCAGGGCCUCGUAGUAUACCCCAGCUGGACAUUAUAGGAGAGGAGGACGCCCAGUCAACGAGAGAGGUCUUCAUCAACGUGGACAGGGUGAGGAGUAAGAGUGACUCGGUGCUGGCCAUGCCUGACGCCACCAUUGAGCUGGACUCCGACCUGGACCAGGACGGUCAUUUCCUGGCCGACAUCGAGCCCUCCAUCUUCCAGGACUACCCCCAGGACCACCCCCAGGACUUCUACCCAGGCACCCCUCAGACACACUACAGCGGUUCGGGCAUCCAGGACCAGGAAGGUCCCCAGCCCCAGGUCCAGGCAGACAGCCAGCUGCCCCUCUUCCUUCAGGACCCCUCCCCCUACUACAGCAGGGAGUACAUGUUGCUUGACAACCAGGCCAACCAGGGAGCCAAGGGCCUCAACGGGGCCACGGCAGUCCCCUCCAACCACACGGCCCGCGGUGCCAACAGCCAGGGCCGUAUGCCAGGCAUGAGGCCGUCCAACACCAGCACCACCGCCGGCUCACGCCGCUUCCCCCACACUUUCUACCGCCAGCCCUCAUUUACAUUCUCUUACUAUGGCCGCGUGGGUUCAGCACGCUACCGCCACCGCAGAAACACCAUGGGCAAUCCGGCCGGCACCAACCUCCGCAUCAAGGCCUCGCAGAGCAUGAACGACAUCUUCGAGCACAUGCAGAGGCGGCAGGAGAGGAGGGAGCUCCAGCAGAGCAGCAGCACGCUGUCCAGCGGUGACUCUGAGAGCGACGACAGGGCCGAGGGGGGUACCACGGUCAAGCUGCUGUGGCUGUCCAUGCUGAAGAUGCCCCCCCAGCUGCAGAGGCUCUGCGUCUGUCAUCUCCUCACCUGGUUCUCUAUCAUCGCUGAGGCAGUCUUCUACACAGACUUCAUGGGACAGGUCAUCUAUGCUGGAAAACCCACAGCUCCUGCUAACUCCACUGAACUGCAGAACUACCAUAAAGGGGUUCAGAUGGGCUGCUGGGGACUGGUUGUCUAUGCUGCUACCGCUGCAGUCUGCUCAGCUGUGCUCCAGAAGUACCUGGACAACUACGACCUGAGCAUUAAGGUAAUCUACAUCCUGGGUACUCUGGGCUUCUCCCUGGGAACCGCAGUCAUGGCGAUCUUCCCUAACGUCUACGUUGCCAUGGUGAUGAUCAGUACCAUGGGCAUCAUCUCCAUGAGUAUCUCCUACUGCCCCUACGCUCUGCUGGGCCAGUACCACGAGAACAAGCAGUACAUCCACCACAGUCCGGGGAACUCGCGACGAGGCUUCGGCAUCGACUGUGCCAUACUGUCGUGCCAGGUGUACAUUGCCCAGAUCCUGGUUGCGUCUGCGCUGAGCGCGGUUGUGGACGCGGUGGACAGCGUGCGGGUCAUCCCAAUGAUGGCCUCUGGAGGCUCCUUCCUUGGCUUCCUCACCUCCACCUUCCUGGUCAUCUACCCAGCCUCCUCUACUCCCACCACCACGCAGGACCAGGAGGGUUAUGGAGAGGAAGGGGCUCAGGCCCUGGUGGCCCCAGAACCAGGCCCCAGCGGUAGCAGUAUGCAAGAGCCAGUAGUCCUGCUCAAAACGACGCCCAAGGGCAGCAGCAGCACAGCAAACCACGAGUCCACUAUUUAACGAAGAAGAAGAGGGGCACGGACAAAAUACUGGUGGCAUCUCAAUAGUCAUAAAGUGGCUUCCUCUCUGUCUCGUUUCUUUCGUCUGCACAGAUAUCUAGUGGAGAAAGACUGUGAACAAACCUUAACACUCACUAGUCGCACAAGUGGCAGUGGGAUGGACUGUUCCAUUGAACACAUUGUUGUGCAAUUCUUGACAUAUGGCUGUUGUACAGAGGCCUUGUGUUUUUCUCCUCCUCAUGGGGUUCUAGAGUUUGUGGUUUCACUGGUUGCAUCCCAAAUAGCACUACUUUUGACCUGGGUCCAUAAGGCUCUGGUCAAAUGUAGUGCACUAAACAGGGAAUAGGGUGCCAUUUGGGUCUCAUUCACUGUUUGAAAGACCUGCAGGAGGCAAUAUCAGACUAUCCACCUCAUACACAUAGGAUCUAAUGCUGGACUCUCUUUUUAGUCAUACACAUAGGAUCUAAUGCUGGACUCUCUUUUUUACUCAUACACAUAGGAUCUAAUGCUGGACUCUCUUUUUUACUCAUACACAUAGGAUCUAAUGCUGGACUCUCUUUUUUACUCAUACACAUAGGAUCUAAUGCUGGACUCUCUUUUUUACUCAUACACAUAGGAUCUAAUGCUGGACUCUCUUUUUUUAGUCAUACACAUAGAAUCUAAUGCUGGACUCUCUUUUUUUAGUCAUACACAUAGAAUCUAAUGCUGGACUCUCUUUUUUUUAUUCAUACACAUAGGAUCUAAUGCUGGACUCUUUUUUUAGUCAUACACAUAGGAUCUAAUGCUGGACUCUUUUUUUUAGUCAUACACAGGAUCUAAUGCUGGACUCUUUUUUUAGUCAUACACAGGAUCUAAUGUUGGACUCUUUUUUUAGUCAUACACAUAGGAUCUAAUGCUGGACUCUCUUUUUUAGUCAUACACAUAGGAUCUAAUGCUGGACUCUUUUUUUAGUCAUACACAGGAUCUAAUGUUGGACUCUUUUUUUAGUCAUACACAGGAUCUAAUGCUGGACUCUCUUUUUGUCUUAAAUGUGACUUGGACUAUUUCUGUAGAUGGUUGUUUAGACUGCACAUGUGAAUAUUUUCACUGCAUUUCUACGUUGAAAACAUGUUUUGUUGAUUUUAUUUUGUGAUUGUACAAAAUGGUUGGAAUGACCGAAACGUAGUUUCCCCACAGACAGAAUGCUAUAGGAGUCUCUCUCUUACUGUGACCUCACUAAAGAUGCUGCAGCCACAGAGGAUCCAGUUCAGAACAAUAUAGGUCUCUAUCUUACUGUGACCUCACUAAAGAUGCUGCAGCCACAGAGGAUCCAGUUCAGAACAAUAUAGGUCUCUCUCUUACUGUGACCUCACUAAAGAUGCUGCAGCCCACAGAGGAUCCAGUUCAGGGUCAUUCAGUUACAUUCCCUAUUAUAAACACCCUCCACUAACUGUAUUUCUACUGUCUAUUGACAUGUAUAUCAUGAAAACACUCAGGGGUAGUAUACAGCACAGAAAUGCUGCAUCAGACAAUAUGAUGUCCAGGUUUCACCAAAGGUCCAAAGAACCAUUCAGGACAUAACUUUUUGUAGCUCAUAUUUGCCAUUGACUGGGUUGAGUGGCCUAUAGCCUACUGUUUAUAUUACAGAGUUGGAUAAACAUUUUCAGCCUUAAGAUAAUAAAAUGCUGAAGUGAUGAUGCUUACAUGCUAACGCAUUAAUGUUUUAAAAGGGAUAAUUUUGUAAUAAUCCAUUAUAGUAUGCUGCAUGGAAGGAUACUAGAUUUCAUACUACAACUAGUACUUAAAAAUGGUCUAUGACCAUAAGAUGCCUUUGGGCCCAUCCAGCAUUGAAGAAACCCUAUACUGUGCUGCAGUAAGUGUCCCUCUGUUGUUCUGAACCAUCUGCUCCACAGGGUAACAUACAAUAAAAGCUGUUAUGUUUAACAACUGCAAAAGCUGCACAAUAAACUUUAAGAACUUUAA